AUGAGCACUAACUCACAAUAUCAAGCGGUUACUACAACAAUACGUGCAGCAAGUCGUCAUACAGAACACCCAGCCGCUUAUGCUAUAGUAAUUGUAUGUGUAAGCAUUGGUAUACCGUUGAUCAUUUUUGGUGUCUUGGACUACAAUAAAGUAAAUAACUUUAGCACACAAGCUAGUCAUUGUCGUGUCAAUGAAAUUGAAGCAGUACGACAGAUUAGAGCAAAACUAAGCAGAGUCAAUCCAGUAUGGAAUGUAGACAUUGUUAAACCGCAAAGUAAUUCAACAAAAGUCAUCGUACUACGUACAAAUUUAAAAAUUACUGGAUCUAAUGGACACAUGUUUGCAUCAUCGGCAUUGGACGAAGCAAGAACACUAUAUGCAAUUGAUAAAAUUUAUCCAUGUUAUCAUCAUAAACAACUGUUAAGUAGUGCUGGUAGUAGUGGAAUAAGUUUGAAAGAUCCUAUUCAAUGGGAAGAACCAUCACGAAAAACAGCGUUUGUUUUGUUAUUUAUUGGUUCAGCACUGACAGUUGUCGGAAUUAUUUUUAUAUUCAUUGCCUUUUUAUAUCAUUAG